AGAGAUUCUUUCAUGGAUGAUCCAAUCUUCUCAGCCAACUUUUAAACUUCAUAAUUCGAAUACACAUAAACUUUGGAGGGCCGCAUUGAGGGCUAUCCUGCGUCCAAUUUCCAAUUUCCAAUUUCGAGAGUAUGUCCUGGGAUGCCAAAUCCGGAGGUAGGCGGCGCCAAAAUAGCUCCGUGAGCUCUUCUCGAGCAUUGCCGCAUCAUACAAGACAGCAGUCGAAAAUACCGGCGCAGCCUAGAUCCCAUUAUGUUACCGACCCAUUUCUCCAAAACUUCCUAACGCCAUCUUUCGACCCCGCCGAAUAUCUCAAUGCCUCGCUUCCCUCACUCCAGACCACGUCCGCGUCGACACGAACGACCGAUGCCGCAGUUCCAUUAGCAGAGCUAUCCACACAAGCUCAAACGCAACUCUCCCAAUUGAACGCCCAUACGACGAGAUUGACGAAUACCCUUACACAACUCACGGAUGAUAUACUACGGAGCGGGAGCAGGUUGGCAUAUGAAGUGGAAUUGCUGCGCGGCGAGACCCUAAGUCUAUCGGAAACGCUAUCAGAUGGCCUACACAAAGAAGUCACAAGGUUUAUACCCGACGGUAUACGGGAACUCCCCGAUACCAAGGCAAGUGGAACCGCCCAACCGACGCAGAGGCGCGAAUCCGAAGCGAAGCCUCCGACGAACCUAGAGUCUAUCCCACAAGACAAUAACAGUCAAGACCCGCAAUACAUAAGCCAACUACAAACCCUGACACUAGUACGCUCCCGGCUCGAUACGGUUGUUAAGACGUUUGGUGAAGCUAUGGAAUUUGUAUUCCCACCCUCGGAACUCUCGGUCGGUUCGUCAUUCUUGUCUGUUUCAGCGCCGGAACCUGGGGUGGAGGCGCACAGUACAGAAGAAAAAGGACAACAAGUUCUCAGGCAACUUAAAGAGGAAAUAUCAGGCCUACUAGCUAAAAGUAGCGACCCAGUGGAAGGAAUUGAAAAGGCAGCUCAUCGCAUAGAAGAGCUAAAAGAGUUGACAAAAGUAUGGAAAGGGACGGCAGAGGAGAAAGGAAGAACAAAAUUCAUCGACGGUCUGGCUAAGAUGGUCGAAGACAGACACAAGGAAUUGUUGCGAGAAGUGGAACAGAACGGACGUCGUGAUAACAAAGCAGAUUUAGACAAUAACUCUAGAAAAGCUGCCGCCAAUUCCGAUAAUGGUGGGGCGGAGAGUAGACCGCUGUAUGGAAUAAUGAGCCAGUUACAGCGGCUUCGAGCCGGCCUACAAUGAUUCAAAAGAUCAAAAUUGAAGGAAAUUCACGCAUAUCCCAAUUGUGAACCGAAGAUACUAUGGGAACUCAUGGUGUGUCGUGGUCUCAUUGUUUACCAGGUGCCUACGUCUCCGUGCAAUGCUACAUUUAUGUGAUGCCCGCAAAGUUGUAAAGCACCAUUGUGCUCUUGCACUGCUUGAUCCGACAUAAUUUCACACCAGACAGCGAAUUAUUUCUUACCGUUACCAUAACUAAAGCACAAUUGUGAUUUAAUCAUGUAAAUGAUAUAUAGCUUGGGGUAUUC